AGGAAAUUGGCUAUAGAAUCAAAUUUCUUAAUUGCUGUUUUGACUCUAAUUCUAAAAUCAUCUCCUUAAUCUCUAAUUAGUAAUUAUUCAUAAACUGUUGGUUAAUUAGUCAUAGAAUUUUAAUUAAUGGAUAUUUUACGCUGGGGACUGUAUGGAAAUAUCUACACAGACACUUAUGAACAUUUUUCAGAUGGAGGACCAAAAUGUUAUUAGGAUAUGAGUAACACUUUUCGUUUUUCAAUAUCAACAAUAUCUGCAAUAAUAUGUAUUCUUGUGAUGAGUAAGAAUUUAAUAAUAUCAUAGAAAAAUGUUGGACAAAAAUAAAAGUUUCAUAAGAAUUAACAAGAGCUUUGGGAAAGAAACCUAAUAUUUUUGAAUAUUUAAUAGGAUUUGCAUGUUGGGGAACAUUUGCUGUUCAAACUGGAUAUAAAUUAUAUACAGGAAGAGGUACAUAUGAGAAUAAGACAAUAAUUUAGGUGUUUUUAUGAAUAAUCCAUGUCAUAUAGUAUUAUUAAUGUAGGGAUAUGUUUUAUUGACAAAAAAACAUAAAUUUAGUGCUGUCAUUUUUAUUUGUUAAUUAAGGUGGCUAUAUGGAGUAUUUGCAGUAUAGAAUUAUUUAGUAAAUAAAAGGCACUUAAAUUCCCAGUUACAACAGGAAUGGAAUUGCCACUUGAAGUAGAAUUCUUUUGGAUAGAACAUCUUCUUGGAGCUUUUGCAGGUCCUUUGGCAUUAACAUUAAGUGGAAGAUUUUUCUUUUUUGAAUGGAAAACCUUUCUAAUUCAUUAAAUGUUUGGAUGGGAAUCUCAUGUCCUAUAUUAAAGAGUAAGUAGUGAAUAAGAGUAUAGAUUUACAUGUUGCCAAUUUCAUUAAUGACUUGGGCUAAUUUAAAUUUUAUGCUUUGUAGACCAGAUCAUGAUCCAUUUGUUCCAUAUAUAGGAAAUUGGUAUUAUUUGUUUUCGGAGAUCUAUUUAAAUGUGAUUAGUAUAAUUGCAUUUAUAAUUGUAUUCAUCUUAACUUGGAUAUUAAGAAAAAUUAUAAGAUAUAAAGAAAAAUAAGAUUGA